AUGACAUCACCGCGGUGCGGCGGCACAACCCUCCACAGAGACGACAACCGCUCUGUAAACAUCGCAACAAGGCGACAGCGUGCCGCUUCGACAGAGAUGACAGGGCUUUUCUCAUCUCUUCGAUCAGCGUCGGUCAAGCUGAUCCAUUGUGCGCCGGGUGCACACAUGGCCCACCACCGCCGCGGUGACGAGGACGACCGCGGGCCCGGAACAGCCUACCAGGCGUUUGUGGUCAUGGAGCAACUGCUGGACAAGCUGCACAUUUUAAACUACCAAGACGAAGUCCUGGUGAAACACAACAUGAGGAACUUGUCCAGGCAUUACUUCGUGUCCAGCCCCUACCUGGAGUCCAACCCGGGGGAGCAGUUCUACAUGUUCACCAUCAUAGCGGCGUGGCUCAUCAACGCGGCGGGGAGGCCGUUCGACGAGCGCGUGGAGUACGGCGAACCCAGCGCCACCAUGUCGGACAUUCUCGCCGAGCUGCGAGCGUUUGGUGUGCGAGUUGACUUUCCGCCCUCCAAACUCUUGUCGGGUUCGGGGGAGUACGUGUGCUUCGUUUUGGACAGGCUAGCCGAGGAGGCGCUCAAGAAGAGAGGCUUUUCCUUCAAGAGCCCAAAGUACCCGACGGAAGACUCCGAAGAACCGUUUGCGGUGGAGGAAGACAUAGAACUGAAUGUCGACGAGGAGGCGAUUGAGGAGCCGGAGGACGAGGAGGAGGAGCACGCCCUGGACCUGGAAGCCUUGAAAUUACGGAGCGCUCACCCCGAAGCCAAGGUCUCCUGUGUCAACACAGAGAUCCUGCAGUCCAUGGUGGACGCGGCGGAAUGGUACCUGGAAGUGGAGCGCGUCCUCCCGCAACUCAAAGUCACCGUCAAGAACGACAACAAGGACUGGAGGAUCCACGUGGAGCAGAUGCACCGGCACCGGGACGGCAUUUCGUCUUCGUUCAAAGAGGCCAAAGGCUACUUGGAGAAGCUUCAGGAGGACAUCGGGAAGACAUUGGAGAAGGUCCGCAGCCGGGAGAAGUACAUCAACAACCAGCUGGAGCACUUGAUCCAGGACUACCGCAGUGCCCAGGCGCAACUGGCCCAGGUCAAGGAACAAUACCGGCGGGCCAGCGAGGGCCUGACGGAGAAGGCGCGCGUCCUGGCCCAGAUGGACGACGACCUGAAGCGAGUCAAGCAGGAGACGGAGGAGCGGAGUAGCAGCAUGUCGGACGGAGCGCCGCUAGUCAACAUCAAGCGCUGCAUGGCCAACCAGAAGCAGGAGAUGGUCCAGCUCGACAAAAUGAUUGCCAGCCAACGUUUGCAGAUGAAGAAAUCCAACGGCGUGUGGAACACGCACGCCGCCGGCUUCCCGGAGCAACUGUACUUUUCACACACCUCACACACGUGGACUUGGGAUUCUUGAAACUUUUUCCCAAAUCCUCAAGAAAUUUCUUUUGAUAAGGAGACGGACAAUCUUGAACUCGGUCCUUCAGUCAUUUUCGUACAAACUGAUUUUAUUAUAAAUCAGGCUACUUACAUUACAUUAAUGUGCAUCAAGCAGUGUUUCAACCUUAAGUGGUUAUUUUAAACGCGCGGCAUUUACUGUUUGACAGUAAACUCAAAUUUAGAGUAGCAAUAAACAGCUGCAAGCCUGUUUUGAGGAAUUGUUUACUACUUGCUUAACUUGAUUGUUGUGAAGGAAGUCUAAGCCUAUCCCAGGGCCGCUUUUUUUUUUUGGCUCAUAAAUCAAGGCCAAAAUUUGUCCGAGCGACAGCGCGAAUCCAGAAU